AGGCGCAAACUGCUCCCAAAGGAAGCGUCUCUCCGCUCGUCGCCCCAAUGCUUGCGUCAUCAGCCCGCGCCGAAGUCGGAAGUGCAGCUCACGGCGCUGUUUCUUCCGGAGUCCUGGAUCUGAGCAAGCGCCGUCUUAUGCGUCAUCAUCCCGCGCAGGCACAGGAAGUGCCACACAGAGGGAACCCCUGUCGUUGUCUCGAAUUCUGGGCCGGAGGCCGGCUAUUGUGUCAUGAUUACGCGCCAACACAGAAAGUGACGAUACUCCUGGCGCGCGCCGGUAGCUGUUUCUUCUCUGGCUCCGGGACCGGCGGCAGCGGCGGCGGCGUAGGGUGUUUUAACUCAAAUGGGUGAUGAAAAGGACUCUUGGAAAGUGAAAACUUUAGAUGAAAUUCUUCAGGAAAAGAAACGAAGGAAGGAACAAGAGGAGAAAGCAGAGAUAAAACGCUUAAAAAAUUCUGAUGACCGGGAUUCCAAGCGGGAUUCCCUUGAGGAGGGGGAGCUGAGAGAUCACCGCAUGGAGAUCACAAUAAGGAACUCCCCAUACAGAAGAGAAGACUCUAUGGAAGACAGAGGAGAAGAAGAUGAUUCUUUGGCCAUCAAACCACCCCAGCAAAUGUCUCGGAAAGAAAAAGCUCAUCACAGAAAAGAUGAAAAGAGAAAAGAGAAACGUAGGCAUCGUAGCCAUUCAGCAGAAGGGGGGAAGCACGCUAGAGUGAAAGAAAAAGAAAGAGAGCACGAACGUCGGAAACGCCAUCGAGAAGAACAGGAUAAAGCUCGCCGGGAAUGGGAAAGACAGAAGAGAAGGGAAAUGGCAAGGGAGCAUUCCAGGAGAGAGAGGGACCGCCUGGAGCAGUUAGAAAGGAAGCGGGAGCGGGAACGCAAGAUGCGGGAGCAGCAGAAGGAGCAGCGGGAGCAGAAGGAGCGCGAGCGGCGGGCGGAGGAGCGGCGCAAGGAGCGGGAGGCCCGCAGGGAAGUGUCUGCACAUCACCGAACGAUGAGAGAGGACUACAGCGACAAAGUGAAAGCCAGCCACUGGAGUCGAAGCCCGCCGCGGCCGCCACGGGAGCGGUUCGAGCUAGGAGACAGCCGGAAGCCAGGUGAGGCCAGGCCGGCGGCUGCGCAGAAGCCAGCACAGUUGAAAGAAGAGAAAAUGGAAGAAAGAGACCUGCUGUCCGACUUACAGGACAUCAGCGACAGCGAGAGGAAGACCAGCUCAGCCGAGUCCUCAUCAGCGGAAUCAGGCUCAGGUUCUGAGGAGGAGGAGGAGGAGGAGGAAGAGGAGGAGGAGGAAGGAAGCACCAGUGAAGAAUCAGAGGAGGAGGAGGAGGAGGAGGAAGAGGAGGAAGAGGAGACCGGCAGCAACUCUGAGGAGGCGUCAGAGCAGUCUGCUGAAGAAGUAAGUGAGGAAGAAAUGAGUGAAGAUGAAGAACGAGAAAAUGAAAACCACCUCUUGGUUGUUCCAGAGUCACGGUUUGACCGAGAUUCCGGGGAAAGUGAAGAAGCAGAGGAAGAAGUGGGUGAGGGGACGCCGCAGAGCAGCGCCCUGACAGAGGGCGACUACGUGCCCGAGUCCCCUGCCUUGUCACCCAUCGAGCUCAAGCAGGAGCUGCCCAAGUACCUGCCGGCCCUGCAGGGCUGCCGGAGCGUCGAGGAGUUCCAGUGCCUGAACAGGAUUGAGGAGGGCACCUAUGGAGUGGUCUACAGAGCAAAAGAUAAGAAAACAGAUGAAAUCGUGGCUCUGAAGCGGCUGAAGAUGGAGAAGGAGAAGGAGGGCUUCCCGAUCACGUCGCUGAGGGAGAUCAACACCAUCCUCAAGGCCCAGCAUCCCAACAUCGUCACCGUUAGAGAGAUCGUGGUGGGCAGCAACAUGGACAAGAUCUACAUCGUGAUGAACUACGUGGAGCACGACCUCAAGAGCCUGAUGGAGACCAUGAAGCAGCCCUUCCUGCCAGGGGAGGUGAAGACCCUGAUGAUCCAGCUGCUACGGGGGGUGAAGCACCUGCACGACAACUGGAUCCUGCACCGUGACCUCAAGACGUCCAACUUGCUGCUGAGCCACGCUGGCAUCCUCAAGGUGGGUGACUUCGGGCUGGCGCGGGAGUACGGCUCUCCUCUGAAGGCCUACACCCCGGUCGUGGUGACCCUGUGGUACCGCGCCCCAGAGCUGCUGCUUGGUGCCAAGGAAUACUCCACGGCCGUCGACAUGUGGUCGGUGGGCUGCAUCUUCGGGGAGCUGCUGACUCAGAAGCCUCUGUUCCCCGGGAAGUCGGACAUUGAUCAGAUCAACAAAGUGUUCAAGGACCUGGGGACCCCCAGUGAAAAAAUCUGGCCCGGCUACAACGAGCUCCCAGCAGUGAAGAAGAUGACCUUCAGCGAGUACCCCUACAACAACCUCCGCAAGCGCUUCGGGGCCCUGCUCUCAGACCAGGGCUUCGACCUCAUGAACAAGUUCCUGACCUACUUUCCCGGGAGGAGGAUCAGCGCUGAGGAUGGCCUCAAGCACGAGUAUUUCCGCGAGACUCCCCUCCCUAUCGAUCCUUCCAUGUUCCCCACGUGGCCCGCCAAGAGUGAGCAGCAGCGCGUGAAGCGGGGCACCAGCCCGAGGCCCCCUGAGGGAGGCCUGGGCUACAGCCAGCUGGGCGACGACGACCUGAAGGAGACGGGCUUCCACCUUACCACCACAAACCAGGGGGCCUCAGCCGCGGGCCCCGGCUUCAGCCUCAAGUUCUGAAGGUCAUAGUAGACCCCGUCCUGGGGAGAACUCAGCCGGGACCACAGGCGCGGCUACUGCGCCUGGAGCUGCUAUGAGACGCAGAACUCCUCAUCUUAUUUCCAUGUUUUGUUUUUGUAUUUUGGUUUGUAAAUUUGUAGAAUUAAAUCAUAUUCCUUGUUGUGGAGGAAA